UGAAACCUACGUCAUCAUUCAGCGUCAAGAAAUUGUCGAAACGGCAGAAGUAGAGUGAAGGUUGGAGUGGUUUAUACAUGGUGCUUAAACAUGGGCGUAAAUUUAGAGAUUUUUAGGAUGAUGCUGUACCUCUCCUUCCCCGUUGCCAUGUUCUGGGUAUCAAAUCAAGCAGAGUACUUUGAGGAGUACAUUGUCAAGAGGAAGAGGGAGAUCUUUCCACCAGAUGAGAAGUCGCAGAGGAAAGAGCUUGAAGACUUUAAGGAACGAAUGCGGAUCAGAAAGGAAAAGCGCAUCUUGAAACAAAUGGCCCUGGAGUCUCAGGAAUGAGUCUGUAUUGACAAUAGUAAAAGCUGUGUUCAUUCUGAAUGGUGGAUCACUCAAGCCCAAGGCAAGAGGAGACUUUUCAUGGGUCGGGUGAAGGAUUCCUUAUCCUUGGGACUGCUAAACUGCUUUUUCUUUUUUUGCUGAUUUUUCUAACAGUGUCAAUUUUUUGCUGAUUUCAACCAAAUGCACCCAAACACACUGAUUUCAAUCAAAGUUUAAAUGCAUUAUUUAUUUUCUGUGAUUUAAAAAAAUGUAUUUUUAUGUAUAUAUGCACAUUUUCUUGCCAUUAAAGUAACAUAUUGACAAUUUGAUAUAUUUUGAUUUUGUGAGGUCUCCUUUAACAAAGUAAAUACAAUUUGUAUUCUAAUAAGUGUACUCCUCAACUGUCAUACUUAACAAAACUACCACUGGUUGAAGUAAGUAAUUGGACAGUAAUUGACAUGAACCCUAUGAUGAAAAUGAAAUGUGUUUAACCUUUGGGAACAGGCUUUGCCAUCCCAGCUGCAUCAUCUCGGAUUUUCUUGCAUCGCAUAUCAGAGGCUGAAAUGUUCAUAAUUAUAAUUUAUCUUGAAAAUCUAAUAACAGGUUUCUCCUGAUUUUACCAUAUUAAAUUACUUUUGGUGUUGCA